UUCCCUGACCAGCACCAUGGCAUUCCUGUGGCUCUUGUCCUGCCUUGCCCUCGUAGGGGCCACCUUUGGCUGCGGGGUGCCCGCAAUCCAACCCGUGCUGACCGGUCUGUCCAGGAUCGUCAAUGGAGAGGACGCUGUUCCUGGCUCCUGGCCCUGGCAGGUGUCUCUGCAGGACAAAACUGGUUUUCAUUUCUGUGGUGGCUCUCUCAUCAGUGAAGACUGGGUAGUCACUGCUGCCCACUGUGGGGUCAAGACGUCUGAUGUGGUGGUGGCUGGAGAGUUCGACCAGGGCUCCGACGAAGAAGACAUCCAGGUCCUGAAGAUCGCAAAGGUUUUCAAGAACCCCAAAUUCAAUAUGUUCACCGUGCGUAAUGACAUCACCCUGCUGAAGCUGGCCACCCCUGCCCAGUUCUCUGAGACUGUGUCUGCCGUGUGCCUGCCCAGCGCUGACGAUGACUUCCCUGCUGGGACCCUGUGUGCCACCACUGGCUGGGGCAAGACCAAGUACAAUGCCGCCAAGACUCCCGACAAGCUGCAGCAGGCUGCCCUGCCCAUCGUGUCUGCCGCUGAGUGCAAGCAAUUCUGGGGCUCCAAGAUCACCGAUGUCAUGAUCUGCGCAGGCGCCAGUGGUGUCUCCUCCUGCAUGGGUGACUCUGGUGGCCCCCUUGUGUGCCAGAAGGAUGGCGCCUGGACGCUGGCGGGCAUUGUGUCCUGGGGUAGCGGUGUCUGCUCUACUUCCACUCCCGCUGUGUAUGCCCGGGUCACAGCCCUCAUGCCCUGGGUGCAGCAGAUCUUGGAAGCCAACUGAGCCCAUGGUUUUUGUCUCCCCAUCCAAGCAUCUACAAUAAAACCAUCGAAUUAGA